AUGACGGGAGAAAUAUCGUUGCUAUUACGAUUUCAUAUCAAAAUAUUUCGAGCAUUUGGUUACUGUACCCUUACGUUCGGAAAUAAGCAUAAACAAAAAUUAGAUUUACGUCUAUGGUCCUGUACCCUUAUGAUUGUAUUCAAUAUCAUAUCGUAUGUGGCUCUAUUCGGGAAUGAUGAUUUCCUUUUCAAUGGUGAUAAAUUUGGAUAUUUUAAUGAUUCGCUGAAAAUCAUCUUUGGUGAUAUGGCUGUAACCUGUUCAUAUUUGGAAGUUAUUAUAAAACGUGUUUCGGUUCAUCGAUUUUGGGCCAUCUAUAAGCAAUUACAACAAAACCAACUGAACAUCGGCGGCGGCCAUAAUGCCAACCGAGAGUUUUGGCUUCAAAAAAUAAGGGAAAAUCGUCGCUUCCUAAUAACAUUUUACAUAGUGGCCUUCAUAGAAAUUGGUGUCAUGCUAAUCUUUUUCGGAUUACAAAAUAUGACCCGACAUUUGAUUUUGUUCUGGAGUGUAUUUGUCCCGUUCAUUUUUACCGUCCAUUUGCGCAAUAUGCAAUUCAUCUUCUACAUUGAAUUGAUACGCCAAGAGCUGGUGAAAUUGCAACAGGAUUUAAGUUUAAUGGUUGACUAUUCACGUUUCCAGGCAUAUGGAGUGGGGUUUCGUGGCUUCGAAUGUUUUCUUCGAACGAAAAUUGCCGAAAAACAACGAACGUAUCAACUAAUCUAUGAUAUGUAUGAACAUUUUCAAAAUUCAUUUGGUUUCUCGAUAAUCGCUGUGCUGCUGAUGAUUUACGUCCGGGUAUUGGUCGAUUCAUAUUUUGGUUAUUAUACCGUUUAUAGGGGAUGGAAUCCGAUAGAAUUAGUAUUAUUAAUACCGGCCUUUAUGCAUAUUCCCAUGUUUUUGAUAUUUUCGAAAAAUUGCAUGGAUGUGGUGAAAUUUAUCACAUUAAAUUUACACAGCAUCAUAAGUCAAUUUAAUAAUCAAAAUACAUGUAUUAGUUUGCAGUUGCAAAAUUUCUCUCUACAAAUUCUACAUCAGCAUAUUUGCAUAAAUGGCGUGGGCAUUGCCAGAAUGGAUGGUUAUAUGUUGACUAGAGCUGUUGGUUCCAUAACAACAUACAUGAUCUUCUUUAUACA